GACUAUAUGGUCUAAAAAAACCUAGUUUAUCAAUCAGACUAUAUAAGCAAAGUGGGAAUCUGAUUUGUCCCACAAGUCUUUGUAACCUCCAGUAAGAAAGACACCGGUACCAUUAAAGUGUCCAAAAAUGGGAUUACCAGCCCAACUGGUAUUCAUCCUUCUGUUAAAAGUCACCAUAAUCAAUGCAUUUUACUCUUCAAUUUCAUUUCCGAUGAUUGGAGUUUACCAUUCCAUUGGUUCCCCUAAUGACGAUCCUCCAGUUUUGCCAACUGGAAAUUGUCAAGAUCUAAAAGAAAGAUGCCUAAGUUUGUUCCUCCCUCGAGUUGGACUUCGAAGUCUCUACCCAGGAAUCAUCAGCAGUCCGGAAGUAUCCUGUCUCAGUUUUCGAAACAACUAUAUUGAUAGAAUUGGAUCUGGAACCUUCCAUACAUUACCAAACCUUCUCUAUCUGGACCUCUCAAAAAACAGGAUUCCAGUUUGCAAUCUUCUAUCCUUCGGUAGUAGUUACAACAGACUGAAAACUUUAAUUCUCGAUGAAAAUGAAUUACCAAUCAACGAUUUCGGACGUGACAUAAUUCAUAGUGAUUGUUUUCCUAGCCUAGAGAGCCUCUACAUGAGAAAUAAUUAUCUGAGGAGUUUAGAAUUUUCCCUGAGAACAGCAUUUCCGAAUUUGAAACAUCUUUAUUUGUCUGAUAACUACAUUGAAAACGAAUAUUUCACGAGGGAAGUUCCCAGUUGUUUAACUUAUCUUCACCUACAAAGAAAUCACAUAAGUAAAUUUGGAGGAGGGAUUUUGGAAAAUAUUGAAUUUCUUUUCCUGGAUAAUAAUAGAAUCAGAUCUGUGUGCAUUAGUUAUUGUGUGGAAGAUAAAGCACUACGUUUGGAUAAUGCAAGAAGAUUGAAGUACCUUUCAGUGACUCAUAACGAAAUUGUGAGGAUUGAGGAAGAUUCUUUUAGCAAUUCUCGUGAUUUAUUGACUUUGGAUCUGGCUAAUAAUAAAAUUGAGACUAUCAAGCCAGCGACUUUUCAUAAUUUAAGAAACCUUAAGGAAUUGGAUUUGACUGGAAAUUGUUUGACAAAAAUUCCAGAUUUAAGUGCAAAUAAUCAACUCUUAACCGUCUCUCUGGGUUAUAAUAAAAUUGAGACUCUUCGUACCGGAAGCUUCAGAGAAUUAGAAUUUUUGAAGAAAAUUAUUUUGAACAAUAACAGGAUUUGCAAGAUUGAAACUGACUCGUUUAUUGACCUGAUAAAUUUGGAAGAAUUGGAUCUUUCUCAUAAUAGAUUGCAUCAUUUGGAUAGAUUCUGGAUGAGACAACAAGGAAGUCUGAAGUCAUUGGAUGUCAGAGGGAAUUUUUUUACGGCUUUUGCUCAUUUGUGUCUAGAAAGUGUAAGGCAUCUUUCGGUUGUUUAUAUGCACAAUAAUCCUUUGAUAAGUGUAAGAUGUACCGAAAAUCUUUCCUAUGAUACAAAGAUUCACGUGAAAAGUGAGUGCAAGGCUAUGAGAGGAAGGUGCUACGAAAUGUGUAUUACCGAGCAAAAUGUUAUUUGGAACUUUGAGAUACUUGAAUCUGAAACUGGAAAUGUAACAAGUUACUAUUUGCACAUACUUUUAUUCAAGAUUGGAAACAUGACUAAAUUCAAAACAACUGUCUUCAUUAUAUUUUCCUGCCUCUUCAUAUUUGGAAAUUCUCUUGAACAAGAAUACGAAAAUUGGGAAGACAUCACCAAUGGAUUUUACCCACUCAAAUUCUGCAAGAUAAAUCACAGUGAAUCAUUUACACUUAUAGAUUCCAACUUGGAAAAGCUGGAUGAAAAGGUGGUUUCAGGAUCGAAAUUAAAAUGCCUAGACCUUAGGGGAAAUCGAAUUCAAGAAAUCUCCAAAGCAUUUUUUACCAAAUUCCCAAAUAUUCGUUUAAUCAAUCUUGAAAGUAAUCAUCUUGUCAUCGAUGGAUUUUUUCAAUCAUUCCCUAAUCUUCCGAACCUGGAGACUCUCAACCUUGAUAGAAACAAAGAGGCCAUUUUUUUAAAAAUCACAGGAAUUUAUCCAAAAUUAAAACAUCUAUAUCUGAGAAAUUUGGGUCUGCACAAUUUUGAAUUUUCUGUUUCAUCAAGUCUUACGCACCUUUACUUGUCAGGAAAUGAACUAUCAAAAGGCACUACAUUCUUGCUUCCUGAAUCAGUGUUUUAUUUAUUUUUAAACCAUAAUAAUUUGAAAAAAAUCCCUAUUCAACAAGUGAAAAAACUUAAAGUUCUGAGUGUUAAUGAGAACUUGUUUGAAAUAAUUGGAUGCACCGAUAAGCCAAGAGUGGCUAGCUUGUGUUUGCAGAAGUUCAAAAAUUUGGAGAGGCUUUUGGUUGGCAGUAAUGAUAUUUAUGAGAUUGAGCUUAAUGCCUUUGAUGAUGUUCCUAAUCUUCUUCUAUUGGAUCUCUCCUCUAAUCAUAUUGACAAGUUAGACCAAAACACGUUUAAUAAGCUGACUAGGUUGCGGAGCUUAAACCUCAGCAGCAACCCUUUGACACAAGUUCCUAAUCUCUGCUCAUUAACCAACUUGGAAAUAUUGACUUUGGACCAUACAAGAAUACUUGGCAUAACAGAAAAUAAAUUUUGUGAUCUGAACAAUUUAAAAGAAUUAUGGUUAAAUGAUGCAGGAAUUCAAAGGGUUUCAACCAACUCCUUUGGAAAUUUGAGAUCUUUGGAAGAAUUGCAUCUCUCAGAUAACCAAUUAAGCACCUUUGAAGGAUGGCAAAAACCUUUUAGUCUUCGCCGUCUGUUUCUGCAAGGAAAUCUAUUUAAAAAAAUUGGUGAUGCGACUACAUUCGGUGCUUCGUUUUUGGAAUACUUAGACCUUAAGAGAAAUCAGAUCAAGGAUGUUGAAGUGCAUUCUUUUAAUAUUUCAAGAUUGCAUAUUGAGGUUUGAAAAAUGAAGGUUUUUUAUUUUUGUUAGAGUGUUUUGAAAUGCGUAUAAAUAAUAUGGAAAGUAUAGUGGAAAAUACAGUUAAAUAAUUUAUUUUUAUAUAUGAAAUUGUAAAGUUUACUUACAAAAUUAUUUGAUUAUUUAAUACCUUCAACGAUUAGAGCUUGAUAGUAGGGUAUUGGAAAAUUGGUAAGUUUAAUUUACGGAUUAAAAUUCUUAUGAGAAAUUAAUAUAUUCCUUAUACCUAUAUGCUACAAAAUAUAUCAGGUUUUAUCAAUGAUUUGAAUCUUCUUACAUGUUUAAACAAUUUAUAUAAUUUUUAAAUAUAUUUAGAGAUAUAAUAAAUAGUAUGGUCUAUUACAAUAUGAGAUGAUUCUUUUAAAUAUACACGAAUUGCAAAAGGUAUUUAAUAAUUAUUAUUACCAAAAAAUCACAAAAUCUAGCAUUGACCUAACCUAAACUGAUAUUGCUCUCUAUCAGUGCCCUCUCUCUCUCUGUUUCUUAUCAUCUCUAUCACUUAUUAUUGAAGUAAACAGAGUUUACACCGAAUAUAAUUUUCCAUAAUGAUAUUAAACUAAUUUUUAUAUUGAUGUAAAGAAAACGUAAGGAAAAUGUAAGGAAACUGAAGUUAUUCGUCCUCUUAUCCUCUUAAAACCAAAAACAAUAAAAGUAUCUCGAAAAAUUUUCCACAUGCAUAAAGUAAAUCAUUACAACUGAAAAAUAAGACUAAUUAUUCAAUGUAAAUAUUGUUUUGAAAUCUCAGUAUGUUGUUCUAAAUAUAUAAGGGCACUCCUUUCUGAUACAUUUCAAUUUUAAUUUUGUUCCGGUAGUGCAAUUUUAUUAAUUGUUAAUUUGGAAUUUAAAUGAGAGCAGGGCCUUGAAGCCUUAGCUAAAAUCAAAGUGUAAUAAUAAAAUUGCAUUAUUUAAAUUAAAUAAGAACUCAAAUAGACCAGGCAGACGUGCCCUUAUAUAUUUGGAAUCAUUUUCCAAAAUAUUCUCACAAUAUAUCAAUUUUUAUCAUUAUAAAGCUGUCAAAUGUGAUAAACAUGUAAUGAUUACUCACGAGAGUGUUCCUUAUUUUUCGAUCUCAAAAUUCUGUUUCUUCCAUUUGUGGGUCUUGGUCCAUUUAACAAAAAAAUUAUGCGCUUUAAAUGUUGGCCCAAUUGGUUGAUUAUUACACAUAAAUUUCUAGGUUUCAUCUCAGCACAAAAAGCGCUGUUUAGUUAGAAACAAAUUAUUCAUCUCUUUUUGUUUAUAGGAAAGCCUCUCCAACUUGAGAAAAUGAGCAAAUUUAUUUGGCAGAAACUAUGCAAUAGUUAGUGGUAGCUGAAAUUUUGAAUAAAUUGCAGAUGGCGUCUGGUCAAAUCUGUAGUCAUGUUUAAUUUAUCCUUUGUUCAAAAGAAAACUUUAGAGUAGCCCCUAAUAAGGAUACAUCAUUACUGAAAAUUAGAAUUAGCAUAUCCAUUUAUGUCAUGGUGAAAUUCUGUCUUAUACAAGCGCGACUGUGAUUUCUAUUUU